AUGUAUCGCCGAUUGCGGGCCUGGGUGAAGGUGAAAAGCGACGUGGCCGUCAGCCUGAGCCGCCGUCUCCAUGAUCCAGAAGCGCGUACGGAUGGAUCGGCGCAGCGCUUCAUCCCCUUCGAGCACAUGGGCGGCGGGCUGUCGUUCGGGUUGAGCGGGUUGACGAUCAACAAUCAUUGCCUCUACCUCACGCUCGGCCAUUUCUUCACCGGAAGGGCAAUCCUCGCCUUCCGAAAGGGAAAGGGCAAAGAUGGGCAUGCCUAUUCUCACCUGAUCGCUCUGCUGUUCGUCUACAUGGCCUACCGAGCUCUGGAACAGACAAAUAACCUCGCCGGGAUGAGCGGCACGCUGAUGAUGUACCUCCAGGGUACUUAUGCGCUACAACUUUUCGCCUCCGCUGCCAUCAUUUACCUUCCCGGCAUCCCCCGAUCUCUCAUCCACCAAUUCAUCCCGCUUCACAAACUUGGCGGCACGGCCGUUUGGCUUCUACACUCGAUUCAGGUCCUGUACACGCACUACAUUCACGGCGGACAUGUCGGAAAUCUGGGCUGCUGGCUGACGUGCGGCCACCUCUACGAGUACACCUACCACGGUACGCUCGUCGCCACCGCUAUCGCCUCCUUCGCCGUCCUCUACACGAUCACCGCCAAGCGACGAUACAAUACGCACAGUGAU